UCUCCCAGUCGCUCGCACCCUGUAGACUUGUAGAAGUCUUUCCCCGCACACUGAGCCACCAAUCAGAGCCCCGGAUAUUGGUCGCACCCAUGAUUCCGCUGCGGGGCGGAGGCUCCAGGGGGCGGAGUUUGGCGUGACAUUUUGCGACUUCCAACACGGUUGGUGGAGCGCUGCUGCACAUCCGGAUCGGUAGCAGGAAGGCCGAAGGUUCCAAGGUGCGAGGCCCGACCCCGAGGUGGGCGUUGCUCCUCCAAAGCCAGACUGCAGCCCACCCGUCCGUCCGCGGCCACCUCACCCGUCCUCCGCAGACCGCCUCACCCGUCCGUCCGCCGCAGGCCGCCUCUCCUGACCCCGGGGCCUGACAGCGCCCGCAGGCCCGCGAAGCCCGCGAAGCCCGCGAAGCCCGCGAAGCCCGCGCCCGUCGCCCCUCGCGCCCUCUGCCAGGCCCCCGGAGCGCAGCCCGCAGCGCCGUCGACAUGAGGGGCGUCCGGCCCCGCAGCCCCAGCGCCUGCCCUGAGCCCGCGGGGCCCCCGCAGCCCGGAGCAGCCGGCCCUGCCAAGCGCCGCCGAGUGCAGGAGCCCGCGGCCGCCGAGCCCGGGCCCCAGCCCGGCCUCCCGGCCCCGCCUGCGGCCCCGCCCGCCUCGGCGCUCCCCUCCGUCGUGGUCGUGGUCCUGGCCGCCGGCUGCGCCCUGCAGCUGCCGCUGGACGACGUCGACCUGCUGCUGGAGCCCGCGCCCACGGCGGUCCUCAGCGUGUCUCUGCCCGGCCACACGCUGCUGCUGGUCCCCGAGGGCCUCCUGGAGGCCGCCGGCCAGGGCCCCUCGCCGGGCGGCCUGGCGCUGGCCGCUGUCCUGGACGCCGCGGCCGAGGCCGUCGUGGUACAGCAGCAGCAGCAGCAGCAGCAGCAGGGAUUGGUGUGCUCAGCCCCCACGGAGAUGGCCGGCCAGGCAGAGGCCUCCGAAGAGGAAGACGACGCCGACCCCGAGCUCCUGGCGUUGCGCGUGGACCCUGCAGCCGGCUGGGCCGCGGGGCUCUGCCUGGGCGCUGCAAGGGGCUCCAGCCCCGGCUCGGCCUUCCACCUGGACUGGGAGCUGUGGCGGCCGCUCCCCGGCUCUCCGCUCCAGCCUCUCCCUCCGUCUCCCAGUCCAGAGCCCCCGGGGCGCCCGCAGCGCCCUCCUCGGCCCGCCUGCAAGGCCCGGAGACGCCUGUUCCAGGAAUGAAGGAGCUGCCUCUGCACCCCGUCGCCACGCAGCUGACGCCCAGGUGAGGGGCUUCUGAGAGCCGUUCUGGGGGCCCGGCUGGCUGUGUGUCCGCAAGGGUAGACGGCGCAGAGAGGGAGGCCCUUUGGCUGUAGACGGCCUUGCACCAUUCUGCAGGGCUGUUUGUUGGCUCAGCAGGUCUGGGAGAAGGACCAUCUCCUCCCACACCCGAGGACAAUGCUGCCUGCAGCGCAGCCGCCCGGAGACCUCAGGUUCUGCUUGGGCCCUGCUCUGCGCACAAGGCACCCAGGCACUGUCAUGGCCCUGACCUUUGCUUCGAACCUCAGCUCAGCACUUGUGGAAAACGCCAGCCCGCCCCCAGCACCCUACCACUGGACCCCUCGUCUCGUCUCCCACAUUGCAAUGAGGACGGAAUCGGUUUGCUUCGGGCCCUAGACUCUGCAAGCUCUUGGCAAACGUCUGACCGCGGACUCUUCCUGAGGCUGGCCCUAGUCCCUUUCGGGGGGUCUGGAAAACAGUUGGACGUGGACCAAACAAAGCACUGGGCACCGUGACCACGUACCCCCCAUUUGGUUCAUGACUUGGUUAGCAAGUAGUUAGGUUUGGGAGUUAGGGUUGUGCACCCCCUCCCCCCAAAGACCAACUCUUUCCCAUUCAUUGCUUCCUGUCUAUUUGUAAGAUAAUGCCCCAUGCAUGUUCAAAGUUCCCAAUUCUAAGUCUCUUUUGUGUUGUUCUAGGAUCCUGAGUAUAUGUUGUACAUUGUUGCUACUGUAUAGAAAUAAUUUGUUUCUUCUAUUGAUCUGACAUGGGGGAGAGAAUUAUUGGAUUUCUGUAGUAUUUCAUUGGUAGAUUCUUCUCUUUCUUAGUUUUUUAUACUGGGUUUUCUUUGAAAUCCAGGUUGAACUGUAUAAUUGAUAGCAAUAUUCCUGUCUUAUGCCUCAUGUUAAUGCUUUGGAAUUUCACCAUGGAGUGUGAUCUUUCCUGGACGUGAUUGUCAACAACCCUUGUCCUACCGAAGAAAUUAGUUUAUGCCCGAGCAAAAAGGUUGGUUCUGUGCUCAUUUUGUUUUUCCCAGCUAUGUGACUACACUGACUUGUCAGAUUAUUUCAAGGCUGGCAUUUAAUUGUGAAUGUAUAUCAAAUAGGUGUGUGGAGCCUUGGGGCCAUUUCUGUGUGUGGAACCCUGGCCCAAGAGGAAACCAAACCAGUGUGGAGCUUCAGGGAUUUCGAGGGAAAUGAGCUUCAGGGAUGACAUGACUGUAGCAUCACCUUCAGAUUGUCACUAUUAAGAAAUGGGUUUCUCGUUGCACCAAUGUGACUGUGGUUUGGUUUUGAAUCGAUUCCUGUGGCAAUUUGGACGGUUUACACUUCUAGCCACUGAGUAUCUUCACAUUUCCGCGAUUCCGUUUUCGAGGAAGGAUUCUACUUCUAGUCUUGAUUGUUUGGGGGUUUUCAUGUGUGUUUGCGGGUUGGGCUAAUGUUUUACACAGCAUUGCUAAUUUGUCAUGUCCCUUCUUUGGCCAAGUUUGUAUUCUGUUUCAUGAAAAAUAAAUUAUUACUGGUAAGCAAGAUGUUAUUUUUUCUGACCAUUCAUUGUAUUAUCAGUUUCUUUGCCCAUUUUCUGUACUUGCAUUUUGUGGCUUCAUUUCCUCUGUAUCUGUUGUCCUACCGAGGUGCGCUUUCUAAGAAUCCUUUCAGCUAUGGCCUGUGUGGCAAAUCUUAGUUUUGUGUAUCUGCACAUAUUUCAAUGACACCUUCAAGCUAGUAUGUGUUAGGUUUUAGGUGGGUUUGAAGUUCUAAAAUGCUGCCUGCACUCUCUCACUCCUUUAAAGAUAGUCCUGUACUCCUUUCCCUGCCAUGCUAGUAGUGCAUGCUCGAAAUCUGCCGCUGCUGCUGUCUUUUCCUUGUAUGAGAUGAGGCUGUUGGCUUUCUUGACUUUGAUGUUCUACAGUUUAGUCGGCUGUAUUCAGUGUUAGAAAAGCUGUCUGCUGCAACCGGUGACCUUUCACCUCUCGAGAACUAAGCCUUUCGAAUUUCAAUUUCAAAAGAGUCAGUUUCUC